UCCCCGCUGCAGUUGACUGCGUUUCCGUAGCCAGUUUGCUACCCGCUGAGCCCUGGCCGGGGACACAGCUCACGGAAACGAUUGAUCCCGAUCGAAUAACGUUAAAGCUGGCCACGUAAAUGGCGGAUUAACACUCAUAUCGGCAAGAACUCGCGGAAUCAAUGUUCGACACUCGGGUGCUUUUGGAGAGUGCGCUGGCAACACCCUCCGUAACAUGUGAGAUGUAUAAAAGAUAUUAACUGUGCGUUAUUACGGCUAACUAGCUAGCAGCUCCCCCUCUCUAUCCAGUUUAUGGUAGCUCGCUUCAUCUGUUUCUUCAACCGUCGCGUCUGUACCGGAGGAAAAUGAAGAAGUUUAAAAUUAGGAAGGUGCUGGACGGGUUGACAGCAGCUUCCUCCUCCUCCUCCGCAACUGCCCAGCCGGGUGCUCCCAGGGAAAACGAUGUCGUCCAGGAGACUCUCCAGUCGGAGCAUUUCCAGCUCUGCAAGACUGUGCGUCAUGGCUUCCCAUAUCAGCCAUCCUCCAUGGCUUUUGACCCCGUGCAGAAAAUCUUGGCCAUCGGGACUCAGACUGGAGCUAUGAGGCUCUUCGGACGUGCGGGCGUGGAGUGCUACUGUCAGCAUGAGAGCGGUGCUGCUGUCAUCCAGCUUCAGUUCCUGAUCAACGAGGGGGCGCUGGUGAGUGCCUUAGCUGAUGACAGCAUCCACCUGUGGAACCUGAGGCAAAAAAUCCCUGCAAUCCUGCAUUCUCUCAAGUUCAGCCGGGAGAGAAUCACGUACGUCCACCUGCCCUUCCAGAGCAAAUGGCUUUACAUCGGCACAGAAAGAGGAAACAUCCACAUCGUCAACGUGGAGUCCUUCACUCUCUCAGGCUACGUCAUCAUGUGGAACAAAGCCAUCGAACUAUCCACCAAGACACACCCCGGGCCUGUGGUGCACAUCAGUGAUAACCCCAUGGAUGAAGGAAAGCUUCUGAUUGGAUUUGAGUGCGGGGUUGUGGUGAUGUGGGAUUUGAAGUGCAAAAAAGCUGACUACCGCUACAAUUAUGAUGAGGCGAUCCACUCAGUCGCCUGGCACCACGAGGGUAAACAGUUUGUCUGCAGUCACUCUGAUGGCACGCUGACCACAUGGAAUAUACGAGCUCCAGCCAAGCCUGCGCAGAUCAUCACACCACAUGGAAAGCAACCUAAAGAUGGAAAAAAGCCAGAGCCCUGCAAGCCUAUCCUGAAGGUGGAGUACAAAACAACAAGGGCGGGGGACCCAUUCAUGGUCCUAUCAGGAGGCCUGUCUUACGAUACAGUGGGGAGGAGAGCCUGUCUGACUGUGAUGCAUGGAAAGAGCACUGCCGUCCUGGAGAUGGACUACCCCAUUGUGGAUUUCCUAACUCUGUGUGAAACUCCAUAUCCAAACGACUUCCAGGAGCCUUAUGCUGUGGUUGUCCUCCUCGAGAAGGAUUUGGUCGUAAUAGACCUCGGACAGAUCGGGUACCCAAUAUUUGAGAAUCCAUAUCCCCUGACUAUCCAUGAGUCACCGGUGACCUGCUGUGAGUACUAUGCCGACUGCCCUGCUGAACUUAUUCCUGCACUUUACUCUGUCGGCAGCCGGCAAAAGAGACAAGGCUACAGCAAGAAGGAGUGGCCCGUCAGUGGAGGAAACUGGGGCCAAGGCACUCAGAGUUACCCAGAGAUCAUAAUCACCGGACAUGCUGAUGGAUCAGUCAAAUUCUGGGAUGGUUCUGCAUUAAUGCUUCAAGUGCUGUACAAGCUAAAGACUGCCAAGGUGUUUGAGAGGACUCGCGGCAAGGAGGAGAAGCCCAGCACAGAUAUUGUAGAGGAGGACCCGUUCGCUAUCCAGACCUUGUCCUGGUGCCCUGAGAGCAGGAUACUGAGUGUGGCAGGAGUGUCUGCCCACGUUAUUGUCUAUAGAUUCAGCAAACAAGAGGUCACUACUGAAGUUGUGCAGCUCUUGGAGGUGCGGAUGCAAGGUGAGUUUAGUGACGGGGACUCUCCUGACCCAGGAGGGGAGCAGACUCCCACCCUGCCCACCCCGGCAGCUUCCUCCAGCCCUCAGGAGGGCGAGCUUCCAACUCAGCCCUCAACAGGCAGCAACUCUUCAGAUGGACCGCGGGACAACAUACCAUGCCUGCAGGUGCGGAGCUCCCCGCUGAAGCAGUCUCCUGGCUACCAGGUGGAGCUGGUGACCCAGCUGGUGUGGGUGAGCGGGGAGCCACCUCAGCCAAUCACAAGCCUGGCUAUCAACUCCUCCUACGGCCUUGUGGUGUUUGGAAACAGUAAUGGUCUGGCUGUGGUGGACUACCUGCAGAAAACUCUGCUCCUCAACAUGGGCACAUCAGAGCUGUACAGCCCAUCUGACCCCUAUCAGAGGCAGCCUCGCUCCCCACGCAAACAACGGCAGCCCUCGGGAGCACUCUGUGAUUCCAACGAUGGACCCAACCCUUCAGAGGACCGCUGCAAAUCACCCACCUCAGGCUCUACCUCACCUUGCAAUUCAGAUGAUGAUCGAAAGCAGAAUUUCAUAGAAAAGGUGAAGUGCAAAAGCAGACGUUUUUCCAAGACGGUUGCACAUGACUUUGCCAAGAUGUCGCGGAAAAUUAGCUCAUCAGACCAUGAGGAGAGGUCCAGGCGCUGGCACUCGAUCAAGUGUAAGAAGCCCCUUUGUAGUGUGAACGAAGGCAAAAAGGAGACGGAGAGGAGCCAGAAGGGGGGCAUCUCUAGAACUUUGUCAAAUUACAUCUCCUACGCCAAGGACAACUCAUUCACCCGCUCACGUAGUUCUAGUGUCACCAGCAUAGACAGAGAAUCUCGAGAGGCCAUCUCCGCCUUUCACUUCUGUGAGAGUUUCCCCAGGAAGAACGACAGCCUGGUCAGCCCCUGUCUGCUGGUGGGGACCACGCAGGGCGCCGUGAUGAUGGUGGCCCUCAGCCUGCCGCCCGGCGGGGACCAGAGGCUGCAGCAACCUGUCGGCAUCUCCUCCUGCGGAACCAUGGCCAGCCUGAAAGGAGCCAUUCUCACUAUGGCCCUAUUGGAUGCUACUGGAGCUCUGCUGCCCCCUUCCUACGAGUCGUGGUAUGACCCCAAUGCAUCAGAUGAAGACAAGGAGAAGACCCGGAGACGCAGGCCGGCCUCCCCUCCCUCGUCACAGGAGGGUCAGGAUUCACAGUUCGCAGUGCUGUGUUCGGAGAAACAAGCCAAAGUGCUGGCUAUGCCCUCGCAGACCCGCAUCUACAAACACAACAUCACAGAGAGCUCCUUCGUGCUGAGGACGGAUGUGGUGCAGAUGGCAGGAACGUACUGCAUCGCUUGUUUCUGUGCUAACGGACAUAUCAUGACUCUAAGUUUGCCCAGUUUAAGGCCUCUGCUGGACGUGAACUACCUGCCACUGACAGAUAUGAGGAUAGCCAGAACGUUCGGCUUCUCUAACCUUGGUCAGGCCUUGUAUCUCACCUCGGCCACUGAGAUCCAGAGGAUCACCUACAGCCAGGAGACCUGCGACAACCUGCAGGAGAUGCUCAGUGAGUUAUUCACUCCUGUGGAGACACCAGAGGCUCCUAACAGAGGUUUCUUCAAAGGACUUUUUGGGGGCGGAGCUCAGUCUCUGGACAGGGAGGACCUAUUCGGUGAAACAGCUGCCGGUAAGGCGUCUCGCAGCCUGGCGCAGCACAUCCCCGGCCCCGGCAACAUGGAGUGCAUGAAGGGUGCAGCGUCCGGGGUGGUAGGUGACCUCGCCCGUGCUCGGAUAGCUCUGGACGAGAGAGGUCAGAAACUGGGCGAGCUAGAGGAAAGAACAGCAGCCAUGAUGAGCAGCGCAGAGUCCUUCUCCAAACAUGCCCAUGUUAUGAUGCUGAAGUACAAAGAUAAGAAGUGGUACCAGCUCUGAUGGCAGCGUGUGGAGCUUCGGACUCUGUAAUCACGCACACCAGUAUCUCUGAGGAGCUGCAGGUCCCAAUUUUUUCUCUUCUCUAUUUCUCUCCAUGGGGGGUUCUGCUUUACAGACUCAUGCUUCUGUUCUCAGCACAAAUAUCAUACACUCUGGCAUCACCUCAGUCACCUGAGGACUGCCGCCGAGUACACACUGGCCGAACCCACAGAGUGAGAAUGGAAAGAAAUGGAAGAAGAGAAGCCCCUCAGAAUCUCUCUCUUUCCACUUCACCUGAGAGCGAUGGAGUUUGUUUAACAUCAGUCUGCAAAACUGGAGAGAGGGGACCUCUCAUAACCAUCCGUCAUGCACUCAAGUAUAUCUUACAUAUAUAGCCACACACCCUGCUGUUUUGUUCUGAAAGAGAAAAGACAAUUCUGCAAAUCCUGUACUUGCGGUGGCCUGAUUGCAAUUGCUCUCUUUUCCUUUCUCUGCCCUUUAUGGUGUCUGCAAAACCCAGCGGACUAAAACGAGGAAAAAAGUCUGAAGAUGCGUUUGUAUCAAGUCGACAUAGAUGUGAAUAUCUAUACGAGUGAUUGAAUCAAUGAAGGACUUGAGUGUUUAUUUUUCCAGUCUAAAUUAUUUUGAGAGUUUGAUCUUUGAGUUUUUCUUUCCUUUGUUUUUGUAUUCUUCGUCCAGAAAGGGCCUUUCAAGCACUUCAAGCAGUAGAGAGUAGACAGAGCAAUGAUGAACCUAUUGCCUCUCACAGAAUAAGGGCUGGUAGUACACUAGUUCAUCAGAGACCAUUCCUCUUACAGCAUCCGCCAACCAAGUUGUUUUCGGUGAGUGAGGAACAAGUAGCGAGCUUUCUGGGAGUCCCUUUGGCUUUGUUUUAAAUCCGAUUAUUUAUUGGAGCAGUGUCGUUUAUAGGAGUAAGUAGAAGAAUUUGUACUAUGGGCAUUACAUGUAUUUGUUUGUCGUUUAGGUGCACAAAAAAGUGCUGAAAAUGUUUACCCCUGAUGAAGAGUUUACAUUAAUCUAUCAUAGACAUGAAGAGUUGAUACACUGGAAGCCCUGCUGCAGGUCUUCAAGCUUUUUAUGGGGCUGUAGCUAAGUAUGAGAAGGACGGCGUGUUGAAGGGCAAGACAAAGAUUGUCCUCGCUAUGUUUAGCAUAAAUGUAUAUUUUGGUUACAAUUUUUAGUUUUUGUGAUAAAGAUUCUAUCUAUACAUGAUUAUCAGAUUUCUUUUUGUUUUUUUCCUGAACUUGAUUUCUGUCUCGUUUCUCAAUGUGUAGGGAAAAAAGCAUGUGUCUCUAACAGCACAACGGUAAAGGAUGCUGUCUUUGUAUUCGUAGCUGCCAGUCGACAUGACCAAGCACCCCUGAGUGUUUCACACACACUGUGCCGUUGGUCAUCUCUCUGAACCAUUCACUUCAAAACUGUUUCUCUUCUGCCUUUGCCUCAUGACGCAUAUAUGCUAACCUCUACCUAUGUGUAUGUCUGUGUGUUUGUGAACAUACAUAUAUUCUGGAAUAUGUGUAUGGGCGCCAAUAUUUAUAAUACUACAUAGAUGCAGUGUAUUACAAUAGGUCUUUUGAGGUUUUUGUUUUUGCUUGACAGUGUUUUUCAAUGUGAUUAACUAGAGUUCUAUUGUAAUUAGAUUUCUUUUUCAUGAGGUGCAAGGAUAUGCUGCUAUUUGUGUCAAUGUAGGAGCAUUAUCUGUCGGUCUUUAAUUUUGAAAAAGAGAGACAAGACUUUGUCGGUCCAGAUUGCUGCCAAAUGUUGUAAAUAACACGACAGCUGGACACAAAUCUGACAGUGCAGGUUCAGGCAACGUGACAUACUGUACACUCGCGGCCAUGUUCUUUUCCGACACCAAAGAGUUGCUUGAUUUCACAGAGUUGUCUUGAUUUUUUUUCUUUUAUUCUCCCAAAUAGUUUGGAGUCGGUCUGGAUUUUUUUAUCUCUCUUGACUCAAUAAGUCUGCUGUGUGACAGAGGGAGAGAGUGGAUUGGAUUGAGCUUCUUUUAUGGGCAUGUCACCCUCAUCACCCUAACUGCUGUGUUCAGAGGACAGGCAAGGUGAACCUGAAGAGUUUCAUUCCAAAAUGAGAGAUCCACCAAAGAAAAUCAUGUCACACUGACUUUAGGAAAACAGUUGCAGACAUGAUCAAAAAAUUUCAGACGUAUUUGAUUCAUUUACUUAGAGUAUUAAAUCAUAUAUACUUCAAUCACGGCAAGAGUGUUUUCUCCAAGAUGGAUGUGAAGCCUUUUGGAAUAAAACCCUUCACUUUUAGUUGACUGAUUUUAACCAUCACUGCUGUAAACUACUGAGAUAUAACCCAUUGGAAAGAGCAGUGAUGUGGUUUUGCACUAUUUUUUGUAUUUAGAAUAAUUCUGUUAGUAUGAUUUUUUAUGUUUUGUGUCCCAUUUUCUUGUUUUUUGAAAGGACCAAAACAUGACAGAACCUAUGCUUAUCUGUGUCAUUUGCCAAUUAUGCUGAUUGCUUCACUCUCAGAUUUGUUUUCAUCGUCAGGUUAAUGAUUCUAUGAUAUAUUUAUAUAUUUGAAGACAAAUAUAUAUAUACUUUUGAUUUCAAUAAUCUAUUAAAGAUACCUUUAAUGUACUUUUGGGAUAGAAUCACUGUCCUAACUAUGGUUGUGCAUAUUGAUCCAUCAUCCAGACAUGACAAUAAACAUUUUCUGGUUCUAUAUCGAACGUGCUCAUCUCAGAUUCAAGCUUUGCUACUGCAGGAGGGUCUUCUCCUCCUGGUGGGCCGCUGAGUCUUUCUACAAAGUGUGGCCUCGACUUUAAAGUGCUUCAGUUUGCAACAUAUAUGUCCUAAAUGGUCCCUUAUUGCACAUUGAAGGAUGCAUGAUAUUAAGUGUUUACAAACUUGAAACAACCAUGUAUUAUCCCUCUUAGAGAUUGUCUGUUCUGGCAUUUGUAUUUACCACCAUGUUGAACAAAAACUGAAGUUCUUGUCACACAUCCAGAGCGUGUCACACUUUUCUUUGAUCAUGCCAACUGUUAAAGUGUGAGAGAGUCUAUUUAUUUUAUCGGUGCAUCUGUUUCUAUUACUGUUUGCUUCAUGAAAACUUCUUGCUUUCCCUGCGCUGUAGAAAUGCAUAGAAAGCAAAGUUCGUCUCAGAGCAGCGUGCAGGAGAGCUGGAGGGUUUCUCAGUCGCCAUACUUCCAUCCAUCCGUCCGUCUGUCUUCUGGGAUGAAUAUCUGUGGAGUUGCAGUAUUUUCUCAUAGUAGGCAAUUUUUGUACAGUUUUAUUAAAAUAAAUUUCACAUGGAUGUCUGACUUAAUCUGCUGCCACAAACAAUUUAGACUGUAGAUACAGUAUAUAUAUAUUAUUGUGCAAUGGAAAAUAAAUGUAAAACCAAUCAUUA